UAAAUACGUCUUACAUUUGCUUUAUUCGAACAUCGAAAGAAUAAUUCAGAGAUCAGAGCUCUGUGCAGAUAUACAGGCUUGCAGGAAGAUUGCCCAGGAUGGCUUAUAGGACUGUUAUGAGCGUCGAUAUGGAUUGCUACAAGUGUAAGAGAGUUGCCUUGCAGUCUGUAACAAAAAUAGAUGGAAUAGAUACAAUUUCCAUUAAUAUGAAGGAGAGGACCAUAACUGUGGAUGGAGAUGCAGAUCCAGUGUGCAUCGCCAACGAAAUAAAGAGAAAAUUCAGAUGUGCUCGCCUGGUUUCCUAUGGACCUCCACCUCCACCCCCAAAACCAUCAAAGGACAAGGAAAAGAAAGGUGAUGACAAGAAAGAUGAUGGUAAGAAAGGAGACGAGAAGAAAGAUGGUGGGAAGAAAGGCGAUGGGAAGAAAGAAGAUGGGAAAAAAGAUGAACCUACACACCAAAUUAUAGUAUGUCCUAGGUAUCCUCAAUGCGUGGGGUACUGCUCAUGUCCACGUCCUCAACACUGUGGGUGCCAUACAUGUUCAAGCAAAUCGGGUAUGACACCAUGGCCUGGGUAUCUUCCUCCUAGGCCUCCUGCUAAUGAAGUUUGGUAUAUCUGGAAUGAUGAAAAUUAUCAGCGCUCGUGUACCAUUUGUUAGACAAAAGAUCUUCUUCGUUCUGCCAAUUGUAUGAGAUUAAUUUCUUUCUACGUCUACGAGUCAGUGUUUUAUGGUUAGAUGUCAUUGUACCUGUACCCACUCAAGUAUGUUGUGUUACAUAAACCCACCUUGUGAAUGGAGGGAGGGAUGUAUCUUUUGUUUUACGACAGAUAAACAUCUACUCUACAUUAUGAGAUA